GAGCCCUGCCCUUCAUUUGAAUAUUUGCGCUGGAGCCUGGCGAACCAUCGGGCCUACGAUGAAGGGAUGCUGUUAUACCCAGCCGUCUUCUUCACGACUACCCUGGAGUGUUCCAACGCCGGAGAAGCGGAGCUUGACGCCGCCGACAAUCCAUAUCUACGUUACGAGGGCAGUUCCUGGUUUACGAAUCUGUACCAAGAUGACCACCGAACCUACUUGAAGGUGGCUAUAAUCGGAAAUGUCGACCUAGAACGAUGCAUCCGGGUCGAGGCCAAACUUUUUGCGGCUAUGAAACAACAUAUUACGAUCGAGGCAAUCGAGGCGUAUUUUGAAGAAAAUGGCGAACACCUGCAGUGGCGAGAAUCGAAAAUCGAAGGACAAGAGGCCGAAGACGUGUUCCGUUUUAUACAAUCGGAACUGACGGGCGUCGGCAAGACCCUGGAUGCCAAUCGUUGCCGAAAGUACGAGUGCAAACAAAAAAGCCAAGAAAUUUCGCCGAUUCAACUUGACGAACUCGGCAGGAUUCUGGCCAAAGAAUUGAUGGUGCACGUUUGGAAAUACCGGGAGCUGCGAAAUCCGCAGCAGGCGGGCCCGGCACGCUCGCAGUACAUCCCCCGCAUGGCCGAGAUCGUCAACAGGUACAACGCACACGGGCCGGUUCCUGCUACUGCUGGUGCGCACACUGGGAUACGGUUCCUGAAACAUCCGGUCGGCCAUCGGCAGCGCAAC